AUGCAGAUUGCUCCGGCCUCGGGGAAGCGGGCGGCCGCGCUGGCCGCGCCGCCGCCUGCGGCCAUCGGGCAGGAGCGGCGCGCGGGCCGGCAUCGCGAUCGCGGGCUGCGCGGCAAUGUGUGGAUGUCUGCGGCCACGACUGGGAAGCCCGCGCAGGGACGCACAGCGGGCACGGCGGAGAUACAGACAAACAAGCGUGGUUCAAUCGACACCAAUCCACCCAGAGGUACAAGGGAUUUCUUCCCCCAGGACAUGAGACUACGCAACUGGCUGUUCGAUCACUUCAGGUCUGUGAGCAGUGCAUUUGGUUUUGAGGAGUUUGACAGCCCAGUGCUGGAGUCAGAGGACCUUUUUGUGCGAAAGGCUGGAGAAGAUAUCACGGACCAGCUGUACAAUUUUGAGGACAAGGGUGGCAGACGUGUGGCCCUUCGUCCAGAGUUGACACCCUCUCUAGCUCGAAUGGUGUUGAGCAAAGGCAAGGGUUUGCUCCUACCAGCAAAAUGGUUUGCUGUUGGGCAGUGCUGGCGCUAUGAGCGCACAACAAGGGGCAGGCGGAGGGAGCACUACCAGUGGAACAUGGACAUCAUUGGUGUAGAGGGACAAGAGGCAGAGGCAGAACUGCUGGCAGCCAUAACAAUGUUCUUCGAGCGAGUGGGGCUGGGGCCAGAGGAUGUGCAGAUCCGAAUUUCAAGCAGGAAGGUGCUUGAGGGUGUGUUACGGCGGUACAAUGUUCCUGUUGAGUCUUUUGGGCCAGUAUGCGUUGUGGUGGACAAGAUUGACAAGCUGCCUGAACAGGAAGUUGUAAGGCAACUAUCAAACCUUGGACUCGACUCUGAAGCUGUCAAUGGUGUUCUCAGUGCCACUGAGGCAAGGUCAAUGCCUGAACUGCAGGAGCUUCUUGGCAGUGACAGCGAAGCUGUCAAGGAAAUGGUCAACUUAUUUGGACUUGCUGAUGGGUAUGGCAUCAAGGACUGGCUUACGCUUGACACCAGUGUGGUGCGAGGAUUGGCAUACUACACAGGCAUCGUUUUUGAGGCCAUCGAUCGGCGUGGCAUGUUGAGAGCCAUCUGCGGAGGUGGGCGAUACGACAGGAUUAUGGGCACCUUUGGGGGUGAUAACCUUCCAUGUGCUGGCUUCGGAUUUGGAGACGCUGUGAUUGUUGAGCUCCUCAAAGACAAGGGUCACCUGCCGGAUCUGGACCACCAGGUGGAUGACGUCGUUGUAGCCCUCGAUGAGUCACUGCGACCCCAAGCCAGUGGAUUGGCUAAUUCGCUGCGAAAAACCGGAAGAACCGUCGAUCUGGUGCUGGAAGAAAAGAAAAUGAAGUGGAUUUUCAGGCACGCUGAGAGGUUAUCUGCCAAACGUCUUGUCAUUGUCGGAGCUACGGAGUGGGAGCGUGGCUGUGUGAGAGUGAAGCAACUGGCGAAACGAGAAGAAUCAGAUGUUCCUGUCCAACAAUUGUGCUCAGUCAGCAGUGACGAGGCGUUUGAAUGA